GAAUAUUUUUUUUACUUACAACGGGCCACAUUCUCUGUGGGGGUUGGUGUUACUAUUCUGAAGUUAAUAGAGUGACACUAGAAACAAAUUUGUUCUUCUGUGCUUUCUUAUGAACAGAAACAACUGCUUGCAUCAGAGUAAGAGCCCUCAGCGCUCGUGGGAGAGCACCACGGAUGGAAGCUCCAGUUACACAAUUCCUUCACACAUCAUAUGACCCGCGUCACUGUCUUUGCUGAGGAAAGCACUUUAGGGCCUGACUUAAAGAGACUGACCACGGCUUAAGGCAAGCGAGUGCCGGCGGAGUCGAGAGAGGCGAGCAGCAACGCAGACUCUCUCGUUGCUUUGGGAAUGCUAACCUAGAUGCCAUGGGGAUUGGCAGCAGAACUGAACAAUAAGAAAACCACCAACCUAGAACUAGGAGCAGAAGAUUCACGUACCCCCGAGGCAUGCGGGAAGACCCUGAACAUGGCCAACGAAAGUUUUGCAGACUUCUUGAAUAAGCUCAAAGAAAUUCAUGAGAAAGAGGUCCUAGGACUGCAAACAAAGCUAACAGAGCUGACAACCGAGAAGUGUCGCGAUGCCCAGAGAAUGGAAGAGCUAUUUGCUAAAAACCAACAGCUAAGGGAGCAGCAGAAGGUUCUUAAAGAAAAUGUAAAAGUGUUAGAAAACAGGUUGCGAGCAGGUCUCUGUGACAGAUGCAUGGUUGCUCAAGAGCUCGCCAAAAAGAAGCAAAAUGAGUAUGAAAACUCCCACUUCCAGAGUCUUCAGCACAUCUUCAUCCUCAGUAAUGAAAUGAACAGGCUGAAGGAGGAAAAUAAAAACCUGAAGGAAGAACUGAAGAGGCUCCGAAGUCUAGAGGACCGAACAAAGCACCAAAGAGCCCUCUCCAGAGAAAGCAGCUCCACCCCCGACUCCCCAUUGGCUUUACUCUCCCCCGUCAGCUGGAAACCCAGCACAGACAAAGCAGCUAGCAGAGACGCAGAAGACGGGUACCAUGAACAGCCUGGCCAACCACUGGCAGAAGAGCAGUCUGCAGGACAGAGAAGUUCUCUGGGCAAGCGGAUUUCUCCAAGUCCUGUUCUCCAAGAAGCACGUGCUCUGGAAACGACUUCCCAGAGGAUAGCUAACCAGCUGCACGGGACCAUCGCCUUGGUCAGAGCUGGGGCCAGACCGUGCCUCCCGGAAAUCAUCUCUGCCAGGAGAGCAACAUCACCGCCGGAAAGAAAACCCUCCCUGUUCCUGGAGUGUGAGCGCAGCCCCAGCCGUGAGGCUUGCUUAAGAACAAACAAGCCAGAUUCCCACAAAGCCACUUCGUCCUGUGAAACUCUACAACUAACCCCCAGGAAGGAGCAGCUCUGCCUCCUUAACCAACAUUUCCUUCUGCGCCAGUUUGGACGCAAGAGCAACUGUGCUUCUGCAGAUAGGGACGCUAGCUCACCAAGCCGCUUGCUCCGGGCCAGAGAGGAUGAAGACAGAACAAGGCUGCAGGAGGAAUGGGAUGAGCAAGCUGCCAUUUUAGAACUCCCUGGGGCUGUAAUGUACACACGGGACCAGCAUUUGGAGGGGAAGCUUCAGUUUCUUAAACCCAGAGAGAGGCUCCAGUAUCUCCUGGCACAACAGCAUCAGCGAGGAUUCAGGGCUAAGAGAGAAGGCGACCAAAAUGCAACUCCAGUUCCGGUUGCUCGUGAGGAAAGGCCCCUUUCCCCACCACCUAGCACAACCGUGGGGUGCAAAGAAGAGAAGUCGCUCCUGCAGGAACCUGUGGAAGGGGAAGGUGUGUGGAGAAACAGGGACAGCGCGGAGCAAAGGGAUAAGGCAGCGAGAGGGUAUCUCCUGGAUGCACCUCUGGACCUGUCCGAUUAUGGCAGGAGGGAAAACCUAAAACCUGCCAGCUGGCGCCCAUCCCUCAAACAGCGUGAGGCGGACAGUCCGAGCCCAAUCCAAGCAGAAAGCCCCGCUCCUCAGCCAGGCAGGAGCGCCAGCGCGCUCUCAAGAGCAGAGUGUGAGAACUCCCACCUACCCAGCAGCCAGCUUCGUGCGGCCAAAGCACUGCCCAUCAGCAAUGAGAUGGAGCAGCUGAGCGCCAAAGAGCAAGAGGCCAUUGCAGCAUCCUUGGGCACUUCCACACAUGGACAGCCCACUGGCAAGCGAACUUCAUGUGAUGCUGCCACAGAGUCCAAGAUCCCGGUGGGAGUGUCUCCGAGGGCACAGAUGCAAGAACCAGGCGCUCAACCAGAGGAGGACGAUGAAGAGGCUGUGAAGCAGGACUCCGAGGAGCCCAGCACAUCUGACAGCGAGGAGGCUGCCGCUUACGAACAUGAAAUCCACCAAGAAGAACGCGCGGAAGGAAAACAUUCGUGCACAGAGAACAAAGAUGAGGUCUUGCAAAAGAAAAGAAAAAGAGGGCAGGAUCCAGGGAUGACAGCAUAUAAGAAGUCAGCAAGAGGAAGAAGGAAAAUCAGAGCUCCCCUAGCGAUGGCUGAUGCAGCCGAAAUGACAAAGGAAAGAGAGCACGACAGCCCUGCUUGCAGCAAUGACGUCUUUGAGGAGAACUAACUGAAAAGUACGACAGGAAGUGAUCUCCUAGACCCUGCAGACUGCAGGAAAAGGCUUGAACCGGGAGCCAGAGAACCCAGUGUUUGACCCCAGCUCUGAUACCGCCUCCCUCCGCCAGUUGGGCAAGUCAUGCAACCGCUCUCCCCACGAAGUGCGGACAACAACGUUUUUGUUAGCUGCGGGGAGCUUUUGGGGGACUAAUCCCCAACCGUGUGCAAAGCACUUUGAAGACCCUUGUGGUGUGCUAAGUAUUAUUGCUGUGUCCGAGGCAUGAACCCGUGGCUGGGAGCCAUGUACCGUGGCGGAGCCUGGGCCACACCGCUAAGCUGAAGCAAGGCCUGGAGAACUAACAGACCUGUGCUUUUCGCACUCUCCAACGAGAGCAGAACUUCACCGGAAAGCAAGUACUGGUGAUGCCUGUCCGCCAUGGCGCGGCGCAGACACAGCAGGUGGUAUCAGAGGCUGUAUCACUGCUCGGGCUUAAGGGUCUGAUUCCUUGCUCCAGCACAGCACCUCUGCACUGGUGCCACUCCGGCACUGAGUUGCUGUCUGUGUACGGCCUGAUGCUGGACCUUACUGGAGCGGGCACUUUGGCUGCUGUCUGCGAGAGGAGAACUAAGGCCUUAAACGCAGCGUUGCUUUGGAAUUCUGGCAUCAGGGAAGCAGCAAAGACUUUAGAGGGUGCGCUGUCAAGGCAUUUCAUACAAGGAGAAGCACGUCCAGAGGGUAAUUACCAGGACAAGCUGAUGGCAACUGGGCUUUACACGUUAAACUUCCCUUUUUUUGAAUUUCUGGCUGUAGGGUAAAAGCAGGUGACGAGGAGAACACGUCACACAGUUAAAUGUAUUCAGGCGCCCUUUUCUCAUGCGCGUACAGCCUACGUUGAUUAAACAGCUGUACAGG